UGUUGCUUUGCAGCGCAGCGUCUCAGACGUGACGGAGUUGGUUGCUGGUUGUGCUUUUGGAGAUACUCUGCAUUUUUUGCAUUUUGUUUUUUGGGCUUUUUUCCCCUCCCCUUCAAACGCAGGGAGAAUUUUCCCUUCAGUGCUUUAAAGCAAUGGCAGAUCCCGUUCUAUUUAACAAUUGCAUGGAUGGUUUGGGUCAACAAUUCAAAGGGAAGGGAAAGCUGGAGCCUGCGUGCGGAUCGGCGCAACCCGGAGUCAGCAAACUGGGCGGACUGUUGGAGGAUCGCUGCGACAGCGGCAUCGGCUCGAUGAACGAGAGGGACGAGGAGGUGUUGCGGGAAAUCAGGGAGCUCAGCCUGGCCGACAAGCCCGAGCCAGCCCAGUCCUGGAAAGACUUCACCUCGGAGGAUGGAGACACGUUCCUACACUUGGCCAUUAUCCAUUCUGCCAAAGACGUCGUUCUCCAAAUCCUUAACAACACACAGGAUGGGGACGAGUAUCUUCACCGUCAGAAUAACCUGAAGCAGAGUGCCAUGCAUCUGGCAGUGAUCACACAACAGACUGACGUGCUGCAGGCUUUGGUUUGGGCAGGAGGAGACCUGGGAUCAAGGGAUGUGAGUGGAAAUUCGCCUCUGCACAUCGCUUCCGAGAUGAAUCUGUUUGCGUGCAUCGACGUUAUCAACUCGUUCUGCACAAGGCCAGACAUACGAAACCUCGUGGAUAGCAAAAAUUAUAAUGGUCUUACAUGUUUGCAUUUGGCAGUGAAAAACAGGCUUCCUGAUAUGAUGAAAUGCUUAAUUCAACUAGGAGCUAAUAUUAAUGUUCAGGAACCAUCCAGUGGUAGGACGGCACUUCAUCUUGCAGUGGAGGAGCAGGAUGCUGAAAUGGUGUCCUUGUUGGUGCGUUGUGGGGCAGAUCCCAAUGUGCUGAUGUACAAUGACAGCGCUCCGUAUCACCUUACUCUUGGAAGGAGUAACCUGAGAAUCCAGGAGGAACUUAUUAACGUGACAGACCCGUCCAUACGCAUUUUGUACGAAGAUAAUCAGAUGUGGGAUUCUGAAUCUUCUGACUGGGAGGUUUCUUUCACCUACGACGACUGUGUCAUUGGAGGACAACUGCUUGGGUAUUGAAGAUGAUCCCUCUGCAUCUGAACUUUUGUCUACUUCAAUUCUGGGUUGGAGAUGUGCAUUGAAGCUUGGUUACCCAAUCAUGUAAUUUGAUGAGAAUCAUCAAUGACUGACACUAAUAUUUCCAAAUCAUGCCGUUGGGUGCCUUACAGAAUUUUUACUGUAAUGAAAUAUCUAUCCCGAAGCAGAGAAUGUGUUGUUGUAAGUUAUAGUCGUUAAAUGAAAUUCUGCUGUUCAAAGGGAUACAUUGAAUGCACUGUCGCAGACAGAAAUAUGUGAAUCAUUCUACACCGAGAUAUUGUGCAUAUUUGUAAUGUAUAAAAUCUGUAAAUAUGUGAAUUAUUGUAAAUAUUGUACAUUUUUUACUUGUGAAAAUAUUUGAUACAAGCCUUGGUUAUUUAUUUUUUGUCAAAUAAAGAAUAUGAACAUUUUAAA